CAGCACAGCACAACAACACACCAUCGAGGAAAAAAAAACCUAUUGAAUCAUUUAAACCAGUGGCUUCCUCAGGACUUCAAACAAGGCUUGCUUGCUGCCUACGGAUCUUCAUAGACAGCAAUGUUUUGCUAACCUCUAUUUAAGCCCUCUUUAAGGCCCCUGCUCUACUUUCUUAACUGCUCUCUAUCCCUUCUAAUUCUUCUUGCAAAACAAAAUACCGAGAAUCCUCCCUCUUCUUUUAGCUUGUUUGUUUUGUGUGUGUAUGAACGCACGCCCGCGCGCACAGAGGCACGCGCGCAUAGUCUUAUAGGUUGGUGGGAGAGUUAAUUAAGCUGUUAGCUAGCUAGUUGUGUGAUGACAAUGGAGGAAGCUAUUGUGGUGAACAAAGGAGAUGAUCUGAUUGAUUUGCCACCAGGUUUUCGGUUCCACCCUACAGAUGAAGAGAUAAUAACUCAUUAUCUUACAGAGAAGGUGAUGAAUAGUAGCUUCUGUGCAAGUGCUAUUGGUGAAGUUGAUCUCAACAAGGUUGAGCCAUGGGAUUUGCCAAAGAAAGCAAAGAUGGGAGAGAAAGAAUGGUAUUUCUUUUGCCAAAGAGACAGGAAAUAUCCAACUGGUAUGAGAACCAAUCGUGCUACAGAAUCUGGGUACUGGAAGGCUACAGGGAAAGACAAGGAAAUUUACAAGGGAAAAAAUAGCCUUGUUGGGAUGAAGAAGACUCUUGUUUUCUACAAAGGGAGAGCUCCCAAAGGAGAGAAAUCCAAUUGGGUUAUGCAUGAAUACAGGCUUGAAGGCAAAUUCUCAUACUAUAGCCUCCCCAAGGUUGCAAGGGAUGAAUGGGUUGUUUGCAGGAUUUUCCACAAGAGUACAGGCAUCAAGAAAACCUCAAUCCAUGACCUCCUAAGGGUGAACUCUUUCGGAGAUGAUUUCUUGGAUUACUCCUCCCUGCCACCUUUCAUGGAUCCCCUUAAUUACAAUAGCAGGCCAAGCACCAGCAGCUUCAGUGGUGGCGCCGAUAACAAUGAGUUCAAGGAAAUGGCAACAAGAUCAUCAGAUGGAAAUUAUUUCUCCAAUACAAGCAUGCUCAACAACAAUCAAAACUUUGCUCAACCUCCAAAUACCAACUACCAAGCACCAAACUCCAGUUUUCACCCUCAAAUUCCAGCCUCAAAUCCUCUUUACACCUUUCAAACCAGUUCCAAUAUGCCUGGCUACUUGCACCAAGGAAAGAGUUCUUCUAAUUCAUUCCAAAACUUUCAAAACUCUAUCUUCAGUGACAAUGAACAUACCCUUCUAAGAUCAUUAGCUAGAAAUAGUUUCAGAGAAGCAUCUGGAUUGGAGAAACAGUGCAAGGUUGAGCGCUUCUCAUCUAAUCAAUCUAUGGUCAGCCUUUCACAGGACACUGGACUUAGCACAGACGUGAACACCACAGCUGAGAUAUCAUCUGUGGUUUCAAAGCAAGAAAUAGGGAGCCAUGAUAAGGUUUUUGAAGAUCUUGAGGGUCCAUCAGCUGGCCCCAUUGCAGAUUUGGAUUGCUUGUGGGAUUAUUGAAGACCAUAGAGAAUAUGUGUAUAUCUACGCGUGGUUUAAUUUGUUCUUUAAAUUCUUAGGAUAUAUGAAUGUAACGAAAAAAAACAGAAAAAAGAGAGAAGAAGUUCUGAGGACAUGUGAUUUGAAACAGUCAUUUCUCCAUUAGCUAGCUAGGUAAUUUGAUUAGAGUUUGGAAAGUUCUUUGUAUUGAUCAUAUAAAUACUUUGUAUAGAUUUUUAUUAGUUCA